AUGAAUUUUCCAAAAGCUUCAUUUUUUGAUGAUACCAAAUCAAAUUUAUGGAUUAAAGAAGUAAUUUAAGCAUCAGAUCCAAUAAUUAGUGGAAUGUUGAUAAAAAAUUCGAAAUUAGGAAUUUAAAAAGAAGCCAACUACUUUAUCCAGGAUGGAAAAUUAGCUUGUUCAAAAAAAUAUAUAGAUCUAUAAAAUGUUACUCUAGAGAAGAUUAAAAACACAGGAUUCAAAUUGACAAAGAAUCGAAAAUCAGUUGAGUUUUAUACUCAUAAUGAAUAAGCCUUAGGAAUGUGGUAUGAUUACCUCAAAUCAUUUUGUGUUUAGAAAGGGUUCAACAAUGUCUAUUCUAUAAAUAAAUUGAUUGGAAAGGGGAAUUUUGCAAAGGUAAAGCAUUAUCAAAUAAGCAUAGGUGUACAGUGCAUCCAAAAAAAGUGAUCACUCUAUGUAUGCUGUAAAGGCUUUCGACAAGUUGAAAUUUUAAGAUAUUCAAGUUGAUAAGGUAGAAAAUAAAUAUAAAUAAAUAGCCGGCUCUCAUAAAGGAAUUAUCUAUAAUGAGAAAAAUGGAUUUUGUUGGUGUAAUAAAAUUAUAUGAAGUUUUUGAGAAUGACAAUUAUAUAUUUUUGGUUUGUGAGUUGCUAGAAGGUGGAGAGUUGUUUAAUCAAAUGAAAGGUAAAGUUUAUGAUGAGAAAACUGUUGCUCAUAUAAUGUUUAGAAUAUUAUAAUCAAUUGACUAUAUUCAUUCUGUAGGGGUUCUACAUAGAGAUAUUAAGGUAAUGAAAAAUGAUAAUGAUUUAGCCAGAAAACUUGAUUCUAAGAUCGAAAAAGGAUAUAUCUGAUUUAGUAAUUGCAGAUUUUGGUCUAGCUGAUUUUUACAAUAUAGAUGGUGAUUACAUGUUUAAACGUUGUGGAACUCCUGGAUAUGUUGCUCCUGAAUUACUUCAAGAUAAAAUAUACGAUUACAAGAUAGAUAUUUUUAGUGCAGGGGUGCUUAUGUUCAUCAUGUUGACUGGUCAUUCUCCUUUCAAAGCUAAGUCAUAUGAUGAGAUUGUGAUGAAAAACUAUCAUUGUUAGAUAGAAUUCAAUUUAAUAAAUAAUUAACCACUAAGUGAAGAAGCUGUCCAUCUAUUAAAAUCAUUACUCGAAAAGAAUCCAGAAUUAAGAAUCAGUUCUGAAUUAGCUCUCCAACAUCCAUGGUUUUAAAAAUAAGCCGAUCAUAAAUUAAUUUUGUAAAUUUAGUUAAUAUUUAAAAGGGCUGAUUCUUACCCAAGACACAAAAAAAAUUCUUAAUUAUAUGCCAAAACACCUUUGAUGGGAUAGGAGCUUAAUUAGUCUAUAACUUCCCCGUUAAGUGUUACACCAUAAAUGAGGAGCAAAUCUAAUACAGCAGAUAUACAAAGGGAAGAAUAAAAUUAAUCUGCUUCAAGAUAGUAGAGUUAAUCAUUAAAAGUUUAAAAAUAAGAAUGCAUCUUAGAAGAAAAUGAUUACAAUGUAAAUGAAGAGGAUGAUAUACCUCAUAGCAAUCAAAUUAAAAUGUAUUAAAUCUAGCCAAAAUUGAAAAAGAGUAUUUAAUUAAUUAGAUUUAAUAGAUUAAGAGGAAUUAUAAUAAAAAAACAUUAAAGGGUCACUCUAAUUUAAAGUUUGA